AAAGGAUUUAAUAAAUUUUAAUAAUUAAAAGUGUAACUUCGUAAAAAUGUUACAUUUAUUGAUUUUUCUAUUAUCGAUUUAUCAGCUACAAUCGUUCAGUUUCAGCGAGAUUAUUGAUAACCCGAAAUCUAAUGUGCUGGACGAAUCGGAUGAUUACAACUCGCUACUAACACCAGAAAUACCAUUUGAUCCGUUGGACUCAUCGGAGAGUGUUGAGGAGAGUAAUGUACCAAUAAUAAAAUCUGCUCGGGAUCAAACUGAAGUAGCAUUUCUUCAACCCAUAUCUGCUGUAAAUAUCGAUUAUGCGAAGAAUUCCAUUAUAUUGAAAUUCCGCAAGGAUCGUCCUAAAUUACGCAUGAAACUUUUAUCCGAGGAGGCUGAGAAACGUAGAGCUCUGGAAAAUAAUUUUAUGCGUUUCGGUCGCACGCCUAACGCUGAUUUCAUGCGUUUUGGCCGUAAUCCCGCUGACUUUAUGCGUUUCGGUAAACGUCAAAUUGAGGAAUAUCCAACGGCGAACAGUCACGAAUCUAAAAACUAUAAAGAAGGUAAUGAGCGUGCUGAACGCAGCACUCAACGCGAUUCUCGUGGUGAUAAUUUCAUGCGUUUUGGUCGCGUGCCAACUACUGAUUUUAUACGUUUUGGUCGAAACCCUGCUGAUUUCAUGCGCUUCGGGCGUAGUGGUGCCGACAAUUUUAUGCGCUUAGGUCGAAAUCCUGCUGAUUUUAUGAGAUUCGGUCGUAAUCCCAAACAGAAUUUUAUACGUUUUGGACGAAAUCAAAAAUCUUAUAUCGAUAAGAAUUUCAUGCGUUACGGUCGACCUGAUAACUUUAUGCGUUUUGGUAGAACUCCACCCGAACCAGCUGACAACUCUGCAAACUUUAUGCGUUUCGGUAAGAUGGAUCAGAAUUUCAUGAGAUUUGGCAAGAGUGUUAACACACCAGAUAAUUCCAAUAAUACAAAAGUAAUGCUACAGAAGAAUGAAAUUAAAGAGGCCGCCAAGAUCUUACAUCAAGCUGAUAAAAGUGCAAUCGAUGAAACCAAUCCCAUGGAUAAAGCCAUAAGCGUGCUCUUUAAUAAGCAAAAGCAACAAGAACAACAGCAACAAAAGAAUUCGGAUGAAAUCGAGGAUAUGGAUUUGGAUUCAGAUUAUAUUGUUAAUAAAUAAAUUAUAUAUAAAAUGCAAAAAUAAUUAUUAUUUUAAGAAAAUUAUGGUGCAAUCAAGUAUUGCUAGGAUGAAUGUUUAUAUAUAUGUAUAUUAGAGUUACAGAUGUUAUGUCUUCUAUUUAGUUUUUAUUUACAUGUUAAAGGUGAAUUUUUACAAGGGCUGGAUUAAAAGUUCACUUUUAAAUGAAUCUUAUAUUGAGCACUUACAUACAAUAUAUUAUAUAUGAUAAAUAUGUAUUAAAACCAAUUUAAA